AUCUUGACAGAUGGGCAAUCAAACUUGAAAGAGAUAAGAUAGAAUAAAGCCACGAAAACAAGGUGAUGCUAGUGGUGGAAUGUUGAACAUACAGCCGGUGGCUCCCCAGAUUGACAUUGUGCCACCAACCCUCACGAUGCUUGCUCAUAGUCAACUUCAAACUUUUGAACCAAGCUACAUAAACUGGUUUAACACUCCCAGCAGCCCAUGUAGUUUGUUUGGAUUCAGGUUUCUGAGCGAUCAACCCCUUUCAUUAAUUCCUCUCCCUCGAAGCCCGGCAUCUGUCUCUCUGUCUUGUAAGAAAAGACAUACACACACAUUGAGGACAAAGAUGGCCAAAGUUUAUACGUUUGAAGAGGUGGUGAAGCACAAUAACAAAAACGACUGUUGGAUUAUCGUCUUUGGGAAGGUGUACGAUGUCACCCAAUUUCUUCAUGAACAUCCGGGCGGUGAUGAAGUUUUGGUAUCAGCCACAGAAAAGGAUGCAACGGACGAGUUUGAAUUUGUAGGCCACAGUAACACUGCAAAAAAUAUGAUGAGCAAGUAUUAUAUUGGUGAUAUUGAUAGACCUGCUGUUCCUGUGAAACACGUACAGAAUCCAACUCAACUACAAAACCAAUCUUCAGGAGUUGCGAUGAAAAUCUUCCAAUUUCUGGUGCCCUUGUUGAUCUUGGGCCUAGCAUUGGGCCUAGCAUUGGGCCUGCGCCACUACGGCAAAAAUGGGUAGUUCAAGUGUUCCACUAUAUGAAAUUUAAGGCUGAGCCUAAAGAUUUAGGACAAACAUUUUCCUUUCCCGCACAGCCCAUUUCCCUUCUGCUUCUGUUUCUCUUGUUUUUCUUGGCAUUUUCACAUUGUACGAGAAAAGGGAAAAAAACCAAACAAAAGCGUUAUGCUUGCAAUAUUUUGAGCUCUGAAUAAACAUAUAUGUAUAUACAUACAAAAAUGUAUAUGUAUAUGUAUAUGUAUGUACUAUAUGCAUUCUAGGAACAAUUAUUAUGUUCGUUCCGAAUUUCUAUUAAUAAUGAUCUUGAAGUUGUUUCUUUA